UUACAGACAGCCUUACGUACAUUCCAGGAUGGAAUAGACCCUUCAAUUCCAACUACUACGUAUUACUUAUGUACAAGGGACUGUGUUGAUCAUAGUUGAGCUUGGGACACUGAACUACUCCGCUGCCAAUCAUCUGACGGGGAAGUGCCCCACCACCGAUGUGCAAUCGCGGGGAGCUCUGGGAAUUUUGUCGCAAUCUAGAAAGUUCGCCGCACGCUGGUCUGACUUGGCUUGGCAUUUCCUCUUCAAUUCUGACAAGAUGAAUCGGCGCAUGCUUGCAAAGGACGAGGAAGCCACGGCCGACGAGGUCGAGGUCCGCCGUGAGGACCAGGACAAGAUCAACAAGUUCAGUCGUCUACAUCAAAGGGAGCUGCAUAUUGACGAGGAGCUCAAGACGAAGAGUAAGGAGAAGGAAGAACUCGACGACAUCACCAUGGAGCUGGAGCUUGCAGACGAAGAAGAUCUGGUACCGUAUAAAAUCGGGGAUGCAUUCUUUCACAUCCCGCUUGAAAAGGCCCAGGAAAUGCUGGCCACGUCGAACGCAAAGAUAGAGGAGGAUGUGUCUGCCCUUGAAGACAAGAUGGGCACUGUUCGGGACGAGAUGACACAACUGAAGGUCGAGCUGUAUGCACGGUUUGGCCGCAGCAUCAACCUCGAAACAUGAGCAUUGAGACGCGGCUCUUUUGGGUACUUCGUACGCUUGGCACCUAAAAUAGCCCAGCAACGCGUCUGCAACACGGGCCUGCUGCAUCAAUCGUUGGUUUAUUCGAGUUACUUUAGCUCAACGAAGGAGCCAGGCCUCAGGGCUCAGGUUUGCUGGGGGAUGACAGAUGCCAAGACUUUUCCGCUUGUCAGUUGGCCUCACAACUUGAAACAAAGGAGUCUCUACGAAAGUACGAAGUGACUUGCAAUGGCGUAUGCCUGUCGCGUUUCGGUGAUGCAACUUGGUCCAGACCGUGACGGAUAAGGUUAAACCAACAAAAACGCGGUU